AUGAACAAGAUCAAAACACAACUAGAGGAAAACAUAUUUUGGCAAGUGGGACAGGGUCAAAUUUCCUUCUGGUUUGACAAUUGGACCAGGGAAGGAGCAUUAUAUAGAUUACUCCCAGAUGAUGUAAAACCAAACAACAGUAUGCUCAAUGAAGUUUAUGUGAAUGGAAGAUGGCAAUGGAACAAGGCAGGUCUUAGAGUUCCUUGGGAAGUGAAACUGGCUAUUCAACAUAUUACAAUCAACUUCACCCCUUCUAAGAAAGAUUAUGCUAUCAGGGCACCAAACACAAAAGGAACUUUCACCAUAUCCUCAACCUGGAAUUUACUAAGGAAAAGAGCUGUCGGGGACUGGCAUGACAGAAGAAUAUGCCACAAGAAUGUUUCACUAAAGACCAACUUUCACUUCUGGAGAAUGCUCAAGGACAGGCUGUCAAUUGAUAAUAAAAUAGGCAGAUUCAAAAUUCAUGGCCCUUCCAUUUGUUGUUGCUGUUCUAACCACAAAAUAGAAAUUGUGGAACAUCUCUUUGGUCAGAGUAAAGUGGCACAAGAUUUAUGGGCUAAGGUCUGUCAUCCUUUAGGCAUCAAAGUGCAAGACACACCACUUAGACAGAUUCUGGUAAACUGCUGGAAUUCACAAGCUAGGAAUACUGGCCAGGGGGAUUCUUCCCCAGAUGAUUUGUUGGGAGAUUUGGAAGUCAAAAGCCAGUUCCCUCUCAUAGAUACUGAAUCAGAUUGGCUUUCAUUUUGCAGUAAGUUGUCCAAGAAUUAUGCUAAGAAAAUUAUCAAAAUCACCAAAUGGUAUCCCCCACCCCCCAAUAUUAUCAAGCUAAAUAGUGAUGGUAGCUGUGAAGGUGAUGAGUGUGGGGGAGGAGGACUUAUUAGAGAUGACAAGGGCAGGCUAAGCUUUGCUUACAGCAUCAACCUUGGUAAGGGUACAAACAACUGGGCUGAGGCUAAGGCUCUACAAUAUGGAGUGGAUUGGUGUAUGAACAAAGGCUGGUAUAACAUAGUAAUAGAAGUGGACUCUCUACUACUGGUUCGAGCUAUUCAAGGGAAGACCAAAGUCCCAUGGAACAUUCCACAAAUUGUCAAAUGGAUACAAGGACUGCUGGAACUACAUCAAAUUCAAAUAAGACAUUGCUUUAGAGAGGCCAAUCAGGCAGCAGAUAAGCUAGCUCAGAUCAGUCACUCCCAUAUCCAUGCAAUAGUUUACAAUGAAUAUCAGGCUCUUCCAAGACAAGUAAGAGGCAUAAUAAACAUGGAUAGAUGGGGAUUACCUAGUAUUAGAGCCAGACCACAAAGAAAUAAAUUGUAUAACUUUGAUCCUCCUUGA